UUUCUGUGAAAUCACUCCAUUGCCAAAACCUCAAAAUGAUCUUUCUAACGAGUUGGAUAUCAAUCUUAACAACGUUUCUUCUUCUCUUACAUUUUUGGAGAGCAAAAGUCUGUGCCUCUGGAAAUUCAGAUGAGGAAAUAGAUUUCACAUAUGUUAUCAUAGGAGUUACUCUGGGAGCCUUUCUAUCGAUUGCUUUUGUAGCAGUAAUAAUCUGUAUGAUUAGGAAACAAAUGCUUGACAAUGUCUUUGGAGAAUCAGAUGGCAAAAUGGAUAGAAGGUCCAAUAUGGGAUCAAGCCAGAACAGAGACGUCAACGUACCAGGGCAACAAAGCAUAAAUGAUCAAUAAUCCUUUUGCAGUCAGCAGUUACCUGGUGUGAGGAUCAGUGGCAACCGCUUGUCUGCAGGCAGGACUCUCGCCAACAACAGCUCCUUUGCUUGCUCUCUCACGGAGAGCCUGGCGGACUGAUUACAGGACGAGUUUGCAGAGUUUGCCAACCUUCUUCGUCUACAGCAAGCCUGCAGUCCCCAAUUCCGUGGAUAUCACCAAAAUAUAUGAAGAAAAGGGAUGAGGUCUGCUCAUUAACAGGCCCUGGUGAGCCUCAGAUAAGAACGUGAUUGAUUUCUAAAAUCAAUGAAAUCCAGAGUAAUCAAAAAAAUAGCAAUGCAUUUCAGCAGCAGAAUUCACAGCCAAACUUGUACUUCCACUAAGGUAAAUAAUGAAAGAAGUGACUCAGAAAAUCAGUGAUCUGAGAUCAAGCAAAACAAGAUUUCCCAAGUUUUUCAGGAAAAUAUUUAGUGUUGAUCUAAAUCAUUCAGGCUAAAGUGAUAUCUCUUUUUAGCUUUAGGAUUGGCUUUGUUUAACUUCA